GCGUUCCUCACCUACUGUGCCAGAGACUCUGCCAUCAAAGCCCAGACAGCACUGCACGAACAGAAGACUUUGCCAGGGAUGGCGCGCCCGAUUCAGGUGAAACCCGCAGACAGCGAGAGCCGUGGAGGGGACAGGAAGCUCUUUGUGGGCAUGUUAAAUAAGCAGCAAUCUGAGGAGGACGUACUCCGGCUCUUUGAACCCUUUGGGGUCAUUGAUGAAUGUACGGUGCUCCGUGGACCCGAUGGUAACAGCAAAGGCUGUGCUUUUGUAAAGUUUUCAUCCCACACAGAGGCUCAGGCAGCAAUCCACGCACUCCAUGGCAGCCAAACAAUGCCCGGCGCCUCCUCCAGUCUAGUGGUGAAGUUUGCUGACACAGAUAAAGAGAGGACCCUCCGUCGUAUGCAGCAAAUGGUGGGGCAGCUGGGGAUAUUCACUCCAUCUCUCACCUUGCCGUUCAGCCCAUACAGCGCCUAUGCGCAGGCUCUGAUGCAGCAGCAGACAACGGUUCUCUCCACCUCCCAUGGCAGCUACCUGAGCCCCGGCGUCGCCUUUUCCCCUUGCCACAUCCAACAGAUCGGUGCCGUCAGUCUCAAUGGGCUGCCAGCCACUCCGAUUGCUCCAACAUCAGGGCUACAUUCACCUCCUCUCCUGGGAACAGCAGCCAUGCCAGGACUGGUAGCACCCAUUUCAAAUGGAUUCACUGGAGUGGUGCCAUUCCCAAAUGGCCAUCCGACCUUGGACACAGUUUACACCAAUGGCCUUGUGCCAUACUCAGCCCAGAGCCCUUCAGUAGCAGAAACUUUGCACCCAGCCUUUUCAGGAGUUCAGCAGUACGCAGCUGUGUAUCCAACCACCACCAUCACUCCAAUUGCUCAGAGCAUUCCUCAGCCACCUCCCAUCCUGCAGCAGCAGCAACGAGAAGGUCCUGAAGGCUGCAAUCUCUUCAUCUACCAUCUCCCUCAGGAGUUCGGAGACAAUGAAUUGAUGCAGAUGUUCCUGCCCUUUGGCAAUAUCAUCUCCUCCAAGGUGUUCAUGGAUCGUGCCACCAACCAGAGCAAGUGUUUUGGUUUUGUAAGCUUUGACAACCCAUCCAGCGCACAGACUGCUAUCCAGGCCAUGAACGGCUUCCAGAUUGGCAUGAAACGUUUGAAGGUCCAGUUAAAACGACCCAAGGAUGCCAACCAUCCCUACUGACAGCAGCAAGCAAGCAGGAAUCACUUCUGCAGCACAGGUGAGGGGAAAGUCCAGAGGAAGAAUUUCUGCUUCAGGUUGAUUUACAGCGGCCAGUAAAUUUAUGAACUCUUUUGACAUCACCCCUUUCCUUCCCUCCCUCUCUGCUCCUCACCUACCCACCCCAUCUGCCUUCAGCCCUCCUCCUCAAAAACAUGAAAUUGACGAGAAGGCUCAAUAUCUGCCCAGCAGGAAGAUUCUUGCCAGGAUGGACUCACGUAUUUGCUGCUAAUGUGGUGCAUAGCAAAGGGACCAGAAAACCAGCAGACCCUGGGGACCUGAAGCUCUUCCUCUCGGGGUAUGCCUGGAGUACACAGACCAAGAAAAUCUACUAGUGUGUCUCUAGGUUACCGCAGUGAUGUACAGGACCUUAGCCACCCCCACCCCAUCUUCUGUCCCUUUCAUAGAUAAAUAUAAAUAUAUAUAUACAGUCUCUAUUUUUUUUUAAAGUGACUCACAGGACCAAACUUUUCCAUUCAGAGACUGACUCCGUGCAAGAGGGGUUGGAAGCAAAGGGUUUACCUCUGCAACAGUGUCUCCUCAACAGGCACUGCAAAUAGGCCUGAACAUUUUGAGAGGAUGGACAAAGAGCAAGGGAGAGCACACCUCUCUGCUCAAUGUUAGCAAGAAGCAAGGAGAAAGAGAACUACAUACCUCCAGGAUUAGGGCACAGCCAGCUACUCAGCUCAAGAGUCACUCACCCACCAACCUUAGCACCAGCUUGGUUAAGGAUCUCAGCAGCUCUCAGUCUUAAUCUUCCAAGGGCUUCUGCAGACCAAGCUCCUGGAAUUUGGUGCCAAAGCCUAUCCUGAACACUCCCGGAUUAGGCUGAAAGCACAGAAAGUCCCUUUACCUACAGGAACUGUACUGCCUCCGCAUGCAUGGCACAGACCCGUGUUUCAUAGCUCUCCAUGGUAACAGGGAAAUGUCUUGAUCAAGGCAAGAGAAGAUGAGAGAGUGUGAGCAAACGCCAUCUCCAAAACAGUGACAGAAGCCUCCCAGGGGCUACACACUGCCUCCACAUGUCGGAAAUAACCUAAAGCUGGUUAGCAAGCAUUUCCAAUCUCCAAACCAAAUAGGACAUUUUCUCCUGCAGAAUUUAACAAGGGGGACUCGCUUCUUAUACCCUCCGUAAAGCUUUUCCAAGCAGACACAAGGAGGAUAGUAUGAUGAAAGAGGGUUUUCGUUCUGUUUUUUUCUUCCACCUCCCCAUCCAAAGGGCAGAUUAUACAGUAUGCAGCAUAUAUAGCUAUAGAUAUAUAUACAUACACUUAAGCACAGAACAUAGUUCAGAGCUUGAUUUAAGAUCCCCAGAGUGGGGGGUCUUUCUGACAAGGCGCAUCCAUUUAACAACUUGAAACAGUCUCUAAGUUUCUACCAAAAUAUGGAAAAAAGAAAAAUCUUCUGAAUAAUUAGUUUCGAUCUUUCAGAGUUUGAUAAGGUACCAAGAACAUUCCUCUGUGUGUGUGUGCGCGUGUGUGUAUGGGAUCAAACAUGAACAGAGGGUUGGCGGAGAAAGGUUGAUGCAACUGAUACUAAGGAGAAAUCUGAGGACUUCAGAGGACAUCAGCCACUUCUCAUCCUCCUCCAGUUUCCCUUUGUGCAGAUGUCUGUGACCCAGUCCCUUAAGUACAUUCACAUCUCCUCAACCACCCCUCUGUCUCUGAUGCUGAGAGUUUAUGAGAUGGAUGAAGCAGUGGAAGUCUGUGUGUUUCUAUAGUCCAUGUUUACUGAUUGUAAAUACCAUUUUUAUACUUAACAUCUAUUAUGUACGUGAUUUGUAUAAUGUACUUUAUUUCUGCUACAAGUAAUUUCAUGAAGUUUAAACUUAAUCUAAUUUUGAACAAAAAAGAAAAUGACCAACAAAUGCAAAAUGGGAAAAAAAGGACUUUGGAAAUUCUAGGUUAAGCUGGUUUAAAAUAAGCAUUUACAAUCAGUUUCUUCCAUCACAGUUACUGAUGUGACUGUACAAUGUUACAGGUGAGAUACAAGCUUCGUCAAUGUCAAAUUCCUCGCUCUGGUCUAAAAAAAUCUUAAAUUUAUUUAAUAAAAGUUUUACUUGCUAAGUAA